GUGCGUGAAGAAAAUCUGUUGGGAUCGGAGCCAUCGAGGAUGGAAGCGAGGUCUGCAAAAGCCACUCCGCACAAUCGUGACGAGGAUCUUCUUCUUAUCUCCUUUCUCGUCUACUUUCACAGCUUCACACUCCCUUAUCCUAGACUCCACAUACACAUUCAGACACUCAUCCUGUAAACAGAAGCUUCUCAUCAGAUUGCUCGCUCCAACGAGUCAGUCCCUCUUCUCCCACCGAACGAGUCGCCCGCUGUGCCCAAACGGCGAGAUGGCUGCUCCCCAAUCCUCCUCCUCUGCCGCGGCUACGGCCCAAGCCCCUACCAAGAUCGCCGUCAUGACCUCGGGAGGUGAUUCGGCAGGUAUGAAUGCCGCCGUACGCUCCGUCGUCAAGAUGGCCAUCUUCAAGGGCUGCCACGCCUAUGUCAUCCGUGAAGGCUGGGAGGGACUUGUGAGAGGCAACGAUGAAGACCAGGGAUCCAACCCUACACCACACGAAGAGUCUCUUGACGCUGGUCCAGAGUCCCUAGCGCAGCCUCGAAGGGAGGGAAAAGCGGCCAAGAUCAAGUUUGUACCUACUUAUGGAGAAGGAGAGUUGCUCAAGGAGGGCGUCAGUGAGGCCGAGACGGUCGGUCUCAAGGGGCGCUACAUUGUCAGGGUCGGAUGGGACGAUGUCAGAGGAUGGCUCGAUGCCGGUGGUACACUCAUCGGUACGGCGAGGUGCGCCGCUUUCAGAGAACAGGCCGGUAGGCUCAAGGCAGCUCACAAUCUCAUUAAGCACGGUAUUGAUGCUCUUGCGGUGUGUGGUGGAGAUGGAAGUCUGACUGGAGCUGAUAGGUUGAGGGCAGAAUGGCCCGAGCUCAUCGGCAUGCUCAAGGACAAUGGCGACAUUACCCAGGCGCAAUUCGAAAGGUAUGCCCACCUCAAGAUUGUGGGACUUGUGGGAUCCAUCGACAACGAUCUGGCUGGAACCGAUCUCACCAUUGGAGCAGCUACUGCGCUUUCGAGGAUCUGCGAAGCUGUCGACUCCAUCUCUUCGACUGCCGCAUCGCACUCUCGAGCCUUCGUUGUGGAAGUCAUGGGCAGACAUUGCGGGUGGCUGGCACUUAUGGCUGGGGUGGCUACUGGAGCCGACUACUGUUUCAUUCCCGAGCAACCCCCUCACGGAAGCUGGGACGAUGCGAUGUGCGACGUGCUGACGAAGCACAAGAAGGCGGGCAAGAGGAAGACGAUUGUCAUUGUUGCUGAGGGAGCAAUCGACAAAGACCUCAACGCUAUCAAGGCAGAUGAUAUCAAGAAAGUGCUUGAGGAUCGACUGGGCCUAGACACUAGGGUCACCACUCUUGGUCACACACAGCGUGGUGGACGUCCAGUGGCGUCAGACCGAAUCCUGGCUACACUACAGGGUGUUGAGGCAGUCGAGGCUCUUCUCGAAGCCAAACCCGAGACUCCAUCAUAUGUCAUUACCAUUCGCGAGAAUCAAGUGACAAGGACACCCCUCAUGGAGGCUGUCAAACAGACACAACUUGUCGCCCACAAGAUUGAGACCAAGGACUUCGAUGGCGCCCUUGCUCUCCGUGAUCCUGAAUUCGAUGAGUGUCUUCGUUCCUUCUGGUAUGCUUCCAAGGUAGCCGAUGAGGAGGGCAAGCUACCGCCUGCUCAGAGGCUCACUCUUGCCAUUGUAAAUAUUGGCGCCCCAGCUGGUGGUAUGAACGCUGCGACGAGGACCUUUGUCCGCUACUGUCACGCUCGAGGUCACAAGCCUCUUGCAAUCCACAAUGGUUUCCCGGGUCUGCUCGAGGACAGCGUCACUACUCUGGACUGGCUGCGAGUCGACAAUUGGACCAUCCGGGGUGGAUCGGAGCUGGGCACGAACCGAGUCCUCCCCGAUGUUGACUUUGGUGGAGUUGCCAGCAAGCUGCAGCAACAUGGCAUUCAGGGUCUCCUGCUCGUGGGUGGUUUCGAGGCAUUCCAGGCUGUGAAGCAGAUGGAGGAGCGACGAACAGAGUAUCCUUCUUUCAGGAUGCCGAUUGCGUCUAUCCCAGCAACUCUGUCCAACAACGUGCCGCUGAAUGAGUUCUCUUUGGGCUCGGACACAUCACUGAACACGCUCGUUGAUGCAUGUGAUGCUAUCAAGCAGUCUGCUUCGGCCUCUCGCAAUCGAGUCUUCGUUGUAGAGACUCAGGGUGGGCAAUGUGGCUACCUCGCCGUGAUGGGAGCUCUCGCUGCUGGUGCCGUGCUGGUCUACACACCUGAAGUGGGCAUCAAUCUGAAGAUGCUCGGUGGCGACGUCGAGUUCCUCAAGAGGAGAUUCGCCCUUGAUGUCAAGGGCAAGAGUGAGGGACGACUGGUGAUUAGGAGCGAAAAGGCUUCGGAUGUGUACACGACAGAUUUCCUCACACGCAUGCUCAAGGAGGAAGGAGGCAAGAACUUCGACGCCAGAUCCGCCUCGCUCGGACACACCUUGCAGGGUGGAACGCCCUCUCCUCUCGACAGGACUCGUGGAACAAGGCUGGCAGUCAAGUGCUGUGAAUUUCUCGAGGAGCACGCCUGGGCAGCGGCCAAGGCUCAAUCAAAGUCAAAGUCAGCAACAAACUACGACCGCGCUGCCAAUGAGGCUUCGGCAGCUAUCAUUACAAUCAUUGGCUCGGGUGUACAAUUCACGCCGUGUGUGGAGAUGACACGGCAUGCAGACAUGAAGAAGCGGGUGGGCAAGAAGAACUGGUGGCAGCCGCACAAGGCCCUUGCUGAGCUCAUGGGAGGCAGGAGAGGUCUGGGCGUUGGUGACGAUGAUGAGGAUGACGAUGAGUGAGGUACGCAAGGGAUUUGUUCGAAGACGGUAUGGGAGUACCAAUCUCAAAAUAGAUGCUUCUCACCCACCAAACCUAUGUGCCGUACAUCUUCUCGAUGACCGGCAUCGAGCUCACGCACCUCAUCGUCGGCAUUCUUUUGAGCUAGACUGGGCAAAGCGAAAGCGGAGUCGGGUGUGGGCAGGCUACGCGAGGUCGGAGAGGCAAAGGAAAGGGCCAGUAGUCCACCACCCCCUUGCCAGCUCUGCCCCUCUUUGGCAAAGCAGAAGGCAAAGGGAGACAGAACAAUAGAGCCCCCUGUGAUGAGCCCUAUCCCUGGGCUGGCG